CCAACUUUACUCAUUCACAAUUCGCAUUAAUAAAUGACAAGACGUUAAUAGUUCGUGGCAAUGAUCUACGCUCUCAUGCAUUACCUUAAAAUAGUGAUUACUGAAAACAACAGGCAGUGGUGGCACAGUGACAAUUUCUGUGAUAGUCAUUCUCCCCGUUUCGAACACCAACAAAGAUAACCCAGGACCUAGAAUCGAUUGCAUCGAUUAAGAGACUUACAAGCAGAGACACCUUCGACCAUUUAAGUGUCGCACAGUCGAAGAGAUCGACGCAUUAACUAAAAGAGAGUCACCGAGAUUUUUGAAGAGAGUUUCAAAGAAUUUUGAAGAUUAUUGAAGAGAUUUACGAAAAAUUUUAAAGGGAGUUACGAAGAUUAUUGAAGACAGUUACGAAGAUUUAUCACAAUGACUACUGUACAAGCUCCGUGCGACAUCAACCUUCCUGCUGUGUCCAAACAGGAAGAGAACCUGGACCUUCUGGCGCUCACGAUGGCAGCACUGCGCUUCGUUAACCCUUGGACCGUUGAGAAAAAACCUAGCCCUUGGUCCGAGCCCAUAGAGCCGGGCUCGCCUGAAGCCAAAGACCGCACCAUAACCCUGGCGGAAGUCAGCCACCAUGACACAGCUCAAGACUGCUGGGUCGUUAUAUACGACCGCGUCUACGACAUCACUUCCUUCCUUGAAGAGCACCCUGGUGGCGCAGAUGUGAUGCUGGAGUACGCGGGCCAGGACGCCAGCACUGCUUUCAGGAGUUCUGGACAUUCGCGGAACACUUCCCGCACCCUGGACCGGUUCCUCGUCGGGGAACUUCCCAUGCACGAGAGAAUGUACAGGAGACCUGGGGGCAUGCGGCUUAGUGACAUACCAGAUUAAAAUACAAGAAAUCGGCGAACAUUGUUCUGAAUAAAUUGGAUUUCGUUUCUAUAAAAAACAAAUUAUUUUUAAGCACAGGGAACUUCAAGAUGUGAUGUGAUAUUUUAAAUUAUUAUAAAUCUGAAUUCAGGGCACAAUAUCACGCUAUUCAGCUCGUGCAAAUACUUUAUUGCUUUCGUGUAAUAAUUUCAUUUUUUGCCUUAUCAUACAAGUAGCAACCAGAUUGUUAACCUUUCUGUUAAAUGUCAUGAGCUUUGAUAUGGAAUUCUCUGUAAAAAUUAAUGAAUGAUUGCCUAUCCAAAGUACUUACUUAAUAUUAACUAGCUAGUAACAUAGAAAACUUUUAGAAUUGUAUUGAUUGAAUACAUUACUUACUUGAGUACUGUGUGUGUAUUGUGAAUUUCGCCUGCAUUAAGUCAAUCUCUACAUAUAGUAUGCAUUUAUUUAUUAUAUAUCCAGUAUUAAUAAGUUCAACUUGUAGAAGUUAGUUUAAAUAUGUAAUUCAUAAAAUACUUACAUUGACUUCAUAUUUUUAAAUUAAAUCAAAAUUGUUAACUUUCUCAUAUUGAAUUCGUAUGAGUAUCAAAGUUCCUAUUUUUAUAUAAAUUUUAAAAUAAAAUUAUUACAAUAAUGA